GCAAUAUGGAUUCCAAGAAAGGAGAGGAACCACCUCUAACACGAUACAGAGGAUCUUUCCAACCCGAAACAGCAAUUUUUGGCGCCUAAACUCUUAAAUGAAAUGGAUAAAUGCUCAGGAAAGGAAAAUAAUAUCUCAUCGGACGACAUAUUGAAAGCUUUAGAUCGUUUCGGUAAUGGCUCCAAAACUCCAAGCCCUGUUGGGGAAGACAGAGGUGAUCCAUCAGUGCUAGGAAGAUUGUCAUUUCUUGAAGAUCCUCUUGGUACACAAAGACUCAGUUUUAUUUCUGCUGAUGGAAGUGAAAUUGACUCAGAUUACAGCUCAGCCAGUUCAGUGGCUCAUUUAUCUGAGGAGCAGAAAACCUUAGAGAGAGAGUGGGAGGUUCUCUUUGGUUCAACUACGUAUUACACUAAGAUUAGACAACACGCUUUGGAUGGCAAGCUUCGGUUGUGCAAGUUUAGGAGUAUUUGCUGGAAAGUUUUCUUGGAGUGUCUCCCUGAACGAAAGGAUGAAUGGAUAACAAAGACAGCUAAACUCAGAAAUGACUAUGCCAUGUUCAAGAACAAUUGCCUGUUUGAUCCAAAUAAGGAAAAGAAUGAGGACCUGGAUUUGUCAGUCUUUAAUCCUCUCUCACAAGAGGAAGCUAGCCCAUGGAAACAGUACUUUGUAGAUAAUGAAUUGAAGUCCACAAUCAAACAGGAUCUAGAUAGACUAUCUCCAGAAAUUGAGUUUUUCCAGCAGUCAAAAGUGAAGGAAAUGAUGCUUAACAUACUGUUUUGUCAUGCAAAAAAGAAUGAAGCUUUGAGCUAUAAGCAGGGAAUGCACGAGCUUCUUGCACCAAUUGUGUAUGUCCUAACAAAAGAUGCGAUGAUCUAUCAGCAUAUUGAAGGUCCAAGCUUGGGGAUUGCCAAAGUUCUUAUGGACCCAAAAUACUUAGAGCAUGAUGCUUUUGCUCUGUUUGUUCAACUCAUGGACCAGACAGAAACUUGGUAUCUUCAGUUACCUGUGAAAGGACUUCCUGAGAGAAACAAGUUUUUGGAUCCACAUGUUGAACCGUUCACAGAUCAAGAAAUCAUUCCAUCGACAGCCAUUGUAAAGAAACUGAAUCGAAUCCAAGAACACAUGCUGAGGAAACACGACCCUGAGUUGUGGGUUCACAUGAGGAACUUGGAAAUUACUCCACAAGUGUAUGGACUUCGCUGGAUUCGCCUACUUUUUGGACGUGAGUUUCCAAUGGAUGACGUUCUCGUGCUAUGGGAUGCUUUGUUCGCUGAUGGUCCCAUGUUGGACUUGGUAGAUUAUAUUUACAUUAGCAUGCUCAAAGCCAUUAGAAAAAAACGUAAGUUUAAUUUGACGAAGGUUUUUACGGUACAAAAUGGCGACAUUAUUAAAGAGUUUUAAUUCCUUGCCGACGCCUUUCCUCUUGUAACAAAUUUUGUCUCCUAAGGAUGAGGUGUGGCGGAUUAAACGCGCACUUCUGAACGAUGGGUUUGGUGGAGCCAGAGCGCACGAAACGGACCAAAUAGGCCGCAAUCUGCUUUCACGUCAUUUACCAAGCGAUAUCAGCAGUUUGUUGAACCUACAAGACCUGCGUCUGUGAAGCCUGCUGGGAAGACCGUUAGUCAACAGUUCUCCAGCUUCAACAACAGGGCUGGUUCAGAGGAGGAGCUCUUCUCUAACAGUCCACGGCCAGCCCGACCUGCCUCUGUUCCAGCUCCCGAGUUGAGGGAGCGCGCGGACUCUGGGACGCACUUGGCCGGUCCUGGAAAGAGCUUGAAGUCGCUUAGCAAUCCCCUCAAAGGGAAACUAAUGGCCCGGCCCAGGACUCGCCCCAAAAUUGAAUAUGAAGAAUUGGCUCAGGACCACGAGCGACUCCAAAAACAAGUGUCUUCCCUGAAAUCAGAGCUCGAUAAAAUGCAAGGCUUGUAUUUGUACUGCGGCAGGAAAAUGGACUCGUACAUUGAUCUUCUUCAAGACGAACUUACAAAAGACGAAGAUUGUGUUCGAGACAUCGUAUAUCUGUGUUUAGCCGGCUUAAAACAGGUUCGGGAUUUAUUGAAAGGAACUUUGGCAUUUCGAGGAUCAACAAUUGAGACAGAGUGUGAUUUUAUGGAGAUUGAUAACAACAUUGCUUCUCGGCUGCAAAUUCCGCCACAGAAUCAACAGAAACACAGUGAAAUUCCUGAGAACCUCCCUGUUCCAAUGAUGGCCAACUUUGGACACUUUGAGAACUCAGAUGAAACUGAAAGCAGCUUUAUGUCUGCUGGUGUUAAGCAAGGAAAUAUUCAGGAAUCUGAGCAUUCCAGCGAGGCAGACAAGGAAAACAACGGAAAGGAGUUUUCAAUGGUUUCGGCUGAGAUGGAAAGCAUUCAACAGCAGCUGAGAGAGUCAGAAAAUUUAAACGCGGAGAUUUUCGCGGGAAAACAUGAUGGAAAGGCAGAAAACCUGAAGGAAAAUUUUGCUGCUCUUGAAGAUGGGGGAAAUGUUGCUGCAGGAGAUCUGGUGUUUAGAUUUGGCGAAGAAACUGGAACCUUGGAGUCGACUCAAUCUACUCGUCUGCUUCAAGGAGAGGAUAAAGUCGGUGAUACAACGGCAGAAAGACAUGUUGACAAUUCCGAUCUGCCAUCUCAUGAUAAGUUAAAAAGAGAGAAUGAGAGAAGCGAGGGCGACAAAGAUGAGUUAAAAGCAAAUAAUUUUCAAGGAAUCGUUGGUAGCUUAACUACGUCAUGUGACACCGAUCAUCUGUGUAACGCAACUAGUCCACUUUCACUGCCCAUUUCUGACCCAUUGACCGAGCGAAAGAACAAUAACGACGAUUUUCUUUCAGGAGUGUUACGGGGCGAUCCUGUUGACAGGGAAUUCGUGUUUGUUAAUCGAGACGGCACAGCAGAGAGUGAGCUCAAGCCUAAAUGGCACCCUCUGGAAAACAGCGGUGAAUCUUAGCUUCCCUGAAAACAAUUUUUGAAUUGUAGAUGAAAUUAAGGAAAAUUUAGUUAUAAUUUUAUAUUUACCUUAGUUUUUUCAUAGUUUUAUUGAAUUAAAUUUUUGUUUUGAAUCGCUUUACCAUAAAAAGCGUCAAAUUUGUAGAUUGUCCGCUUCGCAGCUGUCACUCAGUGACACUGCCUUAGUGUCACGCAAUGUACCGGUAUUUCAGGAUGUGUCGUCGCGUGACAUUCGAUAAAUUGGCAGCGAAGUUGACCAGAUUAUAGGAGAUUAGUAAAUUUUAUCACAAUUUGUCACGUGAACAGCGACAAAGGGAAAAGUAAAGCUUAUCGAAGAACUCAAUUCCAUCAUUAACUGGUGACUCGAGUGACUCGAGGCAAAAAUUUUUAAAAACCUGGGGACGUUUUCUUUACAGUUGGGACACGGAUUGCUUUGUAAGCUACCGUGCAGGAAAGAAAA